GUAGCUACAGGUUGCUAUCUUGUUGCGAAGUUGCUGUAGCAAGACCCAAGCACGUCGGCCGAGUUGAAACUGAGUGGAAAACAGAAUUUGGCGCUGUUGUCUCCGCACAGGAUUACGGCUGAGGAAAUUCUCUCCUCAUUUCGUGACAGGCUUUUUCCGUUUGUCAAGAGCCGUGGUCAAGGAAGCAGGCUACGCAAUUAUUGAACAAGUUUGUGGCUAUGAAUUUUAGCUUAGCUAAGCUAAGAUAGCUGGUUGCUAGCUACCGUUUAACGGCGAUGAAUGUGAAGUAGGCUGAUAUCGACGUCCUUGUGCCCGUGACUCAGCGCCUCAUCACGCCGGUAACCUAAACGUUACGCCGCGCCAACGUCGCUAAUGUGACCGCGUCGGUUGCGAGGUGAGCGGGUCAAGCUAGCUAGAACACCAACACCAGUACCAAUGACCAGUGAAACCCGCGUGUAGUCGCACUUGGCCACUAAUAUCCGUUCAUCCGGCUGAUCCCAGCUCUCGUUGCUUCUCGGCAGGGUCUCGGACAUGUCGUCUCCGUCGCCGGUACAGAUAAGGGAGGCGAAUGCGCACCUGGCCGCUUUGCACGGACGAGUGGCGGACCUUGAGCACAAGCUAGAGGCAGCUGAAAACACUGUGCGGGAGCAGGCGGAGAGUUUAAUACGGAAAGAUGAGCAGUUGAGGGCGGCAACCCAAGAAAUAACAAACAACAAGGACAGGGAGAUUUCCUACCUCCAUGAAAAGCUUUGUCAGUCAGAGGAUUCCAUUCAGAAACUCCAGCACAUGGUCAAGGAGAAGGAUUCUUUGAUUGGCCAGCUGCAGCACCGUUGUCAGCUGCUGGACAACAUCUGCAAAAGCCGUCCCUUAUUAGAUAGUAUGCUGGCCCAAAUGGCCGAGGCAGAACGGAUGGGCCCUGUUAUUGACUUGACCAGACCCACGGGAGAUGCAUCUCUCACCGAUGGAGAGUCCAACUGCAGCCCCAGUGGACUUUCAAAUCACAAAGACUUUUCACUCAGCGAGGACGACAUGGAUGAUCAGGAGUUAGAUGGUGUGGUGUUUGGAACUACGGUAUGAAAAAUGGGAUGGAACUUUUGUUUUCCAUGCUUUUGUGUUUUGGGCAGAUUUUAAAGGUGCUGGUGGAAACAACAGUAAAUACUAUGAGAAUUGUUAACCUGCAUCUGAUUCAGUAUAUAUAUAUAUAUAUAU